ACUUACAUAGAAAAUUACAUGGAGACUAGCUUGUCAUGCCAAGGAAGGAGUUACCAUUGCCAGAAGGGUGGGAAGAAGCCCGAGAUUUUGACGGGAAAGUCUACUAUAUCGACCACAUCAAUAAAACUACGAGCUGGAUUGAUCCAAGAGACAGGCAGACCAAGCCGCUGACGUUUGCAGACUGUAUCGGAGAUGAGCUGCCCCUGGGUUGGGAGGAGGCGUACGACCCCCAGGUUGGAGCUUAUUAUGUCGACCACAACACAAAGAGCACCCAGCUGGAGGACCCGCGGGUGCAGUGGCAGCGGGAGCAGGAGCGGAUGCUGCGGGAGUACCUGGACGUGGCCAAGGAGGCGCUGAGCACACAGAGGGAGAUCUACCAGGUCAAGGAGCAGAGGCUCCGAUUGGCCCAGCAGGAAUUCCACCAGCUCAGCGAUGCCUGGAGAGACAAAUCCACCUCCCAGACCAGCCUGAAUUCCAGAUCCUCAUCCAGCAGUAAAUAUGACCCAGAAAUUCUCAAAGCGGAGAUAGUCACGGCUAAGAGUCGGGUGAAUAAACUGAAGAGGGAUUUGGCAUAUAUGAGACAGGAGCUGCAGUAUACAGAACAAGGCUUUGAAACCCUGAAAGAAAUCGACAAUAAGGUGUCGAACACGCCCUAUGGGUACCGGCUACAUGAGGCCCAGGCCAUCCUGAAAGAGGUCAAGUCCAUUAAAGAUGCCAUCAGCAAUGGGGAGAGGGAGAAACAAGAGCUGAUGCAGAAACUGGCCGUGCUGAAGGAUGGUUUUCAUCUGGACUCAGGCUCCCAGUCGGAGCUGUGGACCAGUAAUCCGUCCCUGGCCAACUCCAACCUGUCUCUCCCUCCUCUCUACACUGACGCUGAGGCGCAGACAGACAUGCCCGUGGAGUUUGUGACGAGCUCCAACACCCUGGCCGAGAAAGUGCGGCUGAGUCUGAAAUAUGAAGAGGCAAAGAGAAGAAUCGCCAACAUCGAGGUCCAGAUUGCCAAGCUGGACAGUGAGGCGUGGCCCGGCCUGCUGGACCCGGAGCGGGACCGUCUGAUCCUCAUUAACGAAAAGGAGGAGCUGCUGAAGGAACUGCAGUACGUCAAACCCUGCAAACGGGCGCCCAACGACGCCGAGAAGAUCGAACUGGAGAAGCAGCGUCUGGAGAAGGACCUGCAGGCGGCGCGGGACAGCCAGAGUAAAGCCCUGACCGAGAGACUGAGGUUGCACUGCAAGAGAAACAAACUGGUGAAGGAACUGGAAGAGAUGGUGCGACUGGCAUCCUCUCUGCACACACAACUAAAGAGUCUGUCCGCCAGCACUCUCUCCUGCUCUUCGGGCAGUAGCCGAGGCUCUUUGACCUCCAGCCGCGGAUCGCUGGCGACCUCCAGCCUGGGCUCCACCUCCUCUCUCAGCUACACCGACAUCUACCUGGAGCAGCCGGAACUGGGCGACCCGGACUUCCAGAACAAACUGGAUUCCCUCCUGCAAGAGGGCUCUUCGGCCGGAUACAGGCCCUCCAGCUCCAUCACCACCAUCCACGAGAACGAGGUCUCCUCCGGGCCCCUGGGGGCGGGGCCGGGGGUCGGCCAGCGGACCCAGGCCCUUCGCCUGUCGGAGACGCCGCGCUCCAUGAGCUCGCUGUCUCCGCGCUCCUCGCUGUCUUCGCUCUCGCCCCCUUGCUCGCCCCUCGUCACCGACACCUCCUUCCUCUCCGGGGAGGUGUUCCAGGCGCCGCUCGCCCAGCUGGACCUUGAGCUUCAGAACCGGCUGGCGGAGCUGCGGCUAGACGGAGACAGGCAGCAGGUUCAGAUUCUGUACCGCGAGGCUAAGCCUGACCACAGCAUGGCCGCGGGGGAGAACGCUAAAGACUCCGUCAACCAAACCAAGGUCCCGGGCCAGGGGAUGAAGAAAGCGGGCGUGACCUCGGCGGUCUCCGACGAAUCGGUGGCCGGAGACAGCGGCGUGUACGAGCCUUCGGAGAAAAGGCACGGAGGCCCGGUAGACCUGCUCCUGGGCUACGAGGAGUCGGGCUCGGCCGGCUGCGCUCAGGUCCGGCUGGGCCUGAAGUACGACUCGAAAGAGAAGAGGUUUUCGGUCUACGUCAUGCAGCUGGCCAACUGCGGCACGCUGGCUUUACCGCCCGACCAGAACGUAUACGUGCGUGUGGUGGUGUUGCCAUGCUCAGAGACCACACACUGUCUGUUCCGCACCCGCGGCUUCCCGUCACAUGACUCCGUAGAGCCCAAUGAAGUGUUUGGAGUGCAGCUAUCCCAUACCGCCCUGCGGCAGAAGACCCUCCGGCUCGACGUCUGUACCGCCGGCAAGUCCGGCAGAGAAGAGUGUUUGGCUGGAGCCCAGAUAAGUUUGGCGGACGUGGACUACUCGGGCGAAAGACGCACCAAGUGGUACAACCUUCUCAAUUACAUGUACAUGCCUGAGAUGGACAGCAAGCACAGGGAGUCUGAGAGCUCGACGCCAGCCGAACAGGUCCCUGUGCCCAGUGCAGCCGAGAACGCCGCCCCUGAUGACGACUGGCAUACCAGUACUUUGGAGGGAGAUGUGUUCAUCGAUGAGGAAGGCAGUGACGCCGAAGGGGAGGAGUUUUACCCGGACGGUUACCAAUGGGAGACCGAGGAGGACGUGACCAAACCUCCCGCCCCCAUUCUGCCCCUCACAGAGAAGGUGAAUAAAGAGACCAGUACGGAUGGGUUCCCUCAGGCUCCCUCGGUGGUCCGGCCCAAAGAGAGACGACCCGACGUCCAUCAGCAGAACCCCUUCGUCAGGGGAAACACCAUCAUCCGCUCCAAGACCUUCUCUCCCGGACCCCAGAGCCAGUACAUCUGCAGGAUCAACCGGAGUGACAGCGACAGCUCCACGCUGUCCAAGAAGUCUCCAUUUGUCAGGAACGCCUCAGAGAGACGCAGCGUUCGCAUGAAAAAGCCUCCUCCCCAGGUGAAGGGGCUGGACGGGCUCCUCCGGACCUCCCUGGACCUGGAGCUGGACCUGCAGGCCUCGCGGACGCGUCACAGCCGUCUGACGCAGGAGCUGCAGGUCCUGCGGGAGCUGAAGGAGCAGCUGGAGAAGGCCAGGUUACAGGGCCAGAGCAGUCUGCCCGCAUGGCUGCAGGAGGACCAGCGCUUCAGACAGCUGCUCAAGCAAGCCCAGAAACAGACUAAAGAGGAGCAGCAGCAGGAGCAGAGGGUGGAGAAGAUGAUGCGUGCUGCUGCCAAGGACGUGCAUAAGAUCCGCGGGCAGAGCCGCAAAGAGGUCCGCCAGGUCCAGUCCUUCAGAGAGAAGAUGGCGUUCUUUACCCGUGCGAAGAUUAACGUCCCAGACUUGCCGGCUGAUGAUGUUUAGAGUAUUCUAAACAAGUAUUUUUUUUUUUUCCCAGUCUUAACUGCUG